CUCUGCGUUUAACCUAAAAAGCGUCUCCGUGUGGACAGGCCCUCAGUGAGUUAUCUAUGGGGCACAUGCGCAAUGUGUGCGCAGACUUGAGAAGCAACAUUUCGAUUAAACAUGCGCGAAUGCAAGUUGAGACCCGGUGGAAUGAUCUAUGUUCCGUAGCCACUAGCCAGGCUAACUUAGUUGGCUGCAGCUAGCUACCCAACUAGCGACGUGGAUAUCUUGACAUUGAAGAAACGGUGCUAAAUAUAGUGGGAAGAAUGUCCAGAUGGUCAGAAAAUAUAGCCAGUCAUUAAUGGCAGUUGUCCACCAAUUUAGCUAACGUAACGUUAGCUGUCGUCCUGGUCCCACAGGGCUGAAUCACUUAUGGCAACGUUAGCUAGCUGGUCGUUAUCUAGUUCUAGCUAGCUAGCCAACUAUCGAUAGCUGGCUGGCAAGACAUCUCGGCAAGCUACAUUUAGCUAGCCAGCAAAGUUAACGUUAGAUGCUACCUCGCAACUGGCUACGUAUCUGACAACAGAUUAACGUUUUUCUCUGAAAAGCACAAUAUUUCACCGCAUCGUUUCGGGCCAAACCAAUUUCAAUUCGCAACGCUAACGCUGGCUAACCUAACUUGGAUGUGAAGAAAUCUCUCCGGAAGGCCGCCGGUGUAGGGGUGGGGACUUCAAGGGGUUUACACGAAAAAAACAUCUGGAGAAACACUGACCGGAGGAAAGGACAUUACAAUUUAAUGAUGGAGUCGUCUUUGGGACUAAGUCAGGAUAAAUGUGUGGCCACGGUAAAAGGUGUGGAACAUCGGGCUGGACAGAAGGAACCAAGACUUCUCUCUCUCAUCGAGCGCUCUGGGGAGUUUGAGUUGGGAGUUUUGGCAAAUCCUGAUUCAGUUGUGACAAGUCCUCAGCCUGACCUGUAUAUACCCAUCAAUAGUCAUUUUAACAUAGUACGAGAGGCCGAGGAGGCUCUUCUAAUAGAUAUCCCACUAAACGCCUCGUUUCGCGUGCGUCUGAGGGGUGAGCGGAUCUCUGAGCUGCUGCUGGAGCUACAGGAUGACGAGCGCAGUCAGAGCUUCAUCUCGCAGGUGAAGAGGGCCAAACAGCACGCGGAGUCCAAAACCGAUGUUCCCAAAGCCCAGGAAGCUGUUGUCCCUCCCCCUCGGAAGGCGUCUGUCCCCGUCGCCCCGCAGAGAGGCGUCUCCAGAUCGGUCAACGCUGCCCCCCCUGUCGCCAACCUCGCCCGGAACUCCGUGCCUCCCAACCCUAAGAGCAACUCGUUAGGGAAGCAGACCAACUCAGACCCAGCUCUCUCGCUGGCCAACGACUUUGGCUUCGAGGACAAUUUCAACCACGCGCUGAAGGUGGAGGAGAAGAAGAACCAGCAGAACCGAGCAGCAGCAGCAGCACCAGCACCACCACCAACGCCGUCGCCCCACCCCCACCCAGGGAACGGCUCCGGCCCCCCGCUGCCGCCCCGUAAGGGCUCCUAUACCCCCUCGACGCCGCUGCCCGCCACCCCUCCGCCCCGAGACCGAGGCCCCGUCGUGCAGAACAUGACGCCUGUGAGAAGCGAAUUCCGAACGGUGGUGGACAAGAACUCCACGUGGACGGACAGCCCGUCCAGCAACACCAUGCGGCAGGCCCUGCUGAGCCAGGGCCAGAGGGAGGGCAUCAUCCGCCACCGCAUGGCCAAGAAGGAGAAGGAGUACGUGGACCUCAAGAACUUCAGGUUCUUCACGGGGACGUGGAAUGUGAACGGCCAGUCUCCAGACAGUAGCCUGGAGGCCUGGCUGUGCUGUGACCCUGACCCACCUGAUGUCUACGCCCUGGGAUUCCAGGAGCUUGACCUGAGCACGGAGGCCUUCUUCUACCUGGAGUCCUCUAAGGAGCAGCAGUGGGUGGACGUGGUGGAGAGGAGCCUGCACCCCAAGGCCAAGUACAAACGGGUGCGCAUGAUUCGUCUAGUUGGCAUGAUGCUGGUGGUGUUUGUCAACAAGGAACACAAGCACCACAUCAGAGAUGUGGCGGCGGAGACCGUGGGCACGGGCAUCAUGGGAAAAAUGGGUAACAAGGGCGGCGUGGCCGUGCGCUUCGUGUUCCACAACACCAGCUUCUGCUUCGUCAACUCCCACCUGGCGGCCCACGUGGACGACUUUGAGCGACGGAACCAGGACUACAAGGACAUCUGCGCACGCAUGAGCUUCCACCUGCUGGACUACCCUCCCCUCAGCAUUGUCAAGCACGAUGUUGUGAUCUGGCUGGGGGAUCUGAACUAUCGUCUGUUCUCACUGGACGCAAGCGAGGCGAAGAAGUUCAUCGCCAAUAACGAGCUGCGCAAACUGCAGGAGUAUGACCAGCUUAACAUCCAGAGGCAGACAAAGAAGGCGUUCACUGACUUCAUGGAGGGAGAGAUCAGCUUCAUCCCCACAUACAAAUAUGAUCCCAAGACCGAUCAUUGGGACUCCAGUGGGAAGUGCCGCUGCCCUGCCUGGUGCGACCGGGUGCUGUGGCGCGGCCUCAACGUCAAGCAGCUGCACUACCGGAGCCACAUGGAGCUGAAGACCAGCGACCACAAGCCGGUCAGCGCACUCUUCAGCAUCGGGGUGAAGGUUGUGAACGAGCAGCGCCACAAGAAGGUCUUCGAGGACACGGUGCGCAAGCUGGACCGCAUGGAGAACGACUUCCUGCCCUCAUUAGUGCUGACUCGCACUGACUUCACCUUUGAGAAUGUGAAGUUCCGGCAGCUCCAGCUCCAGUGUUUCCAGAUCACCAACGACGGCCAGGUGCCGUGCCACUUCGCCUUCAUCCCCAAACUCAACGACACGCAGUACUGCAAGAACUGGCUGAGGGCCGAGCCUUGCGACGGCUACCUGGAACCCAACGAGUCGAUGGAGAUCCGCCUGGAGGUGUACGUGAGCAAGGACUCGGUGACGCUGCUCAACUCGUGCGAGGACCAGAUCGAGGACAUCCUGGUGCUGCACCUGGACCGCGGCAAGGACUACUUCAUCACCAUCUCGGGCAGCUACCAGCCCAGCUGCUUCGGCACCUCCCUGGAGACGCUGUGUCGCAUGAAGAAGCCCAUCCGUGAGAUCCCCGUCACCAAGCUCAUCGACCUGGAAAAGUCCAGGAUGAACUUCCUGCUGGUGGACAGUGCUGGGACCGAGGACAAGCCCCUGAAGAUCCCCAAGGAGGUGUGGCUGCUGGUCAACCACCUCUUCACUAAGGCCUGCCACCAGGAGGACCUGUUCCAGACUCCAGGCCUACAGGAGGAGCUGCAGGGCAUCAUAGACUGCUUGGACACCAGCAUUCCAGACACCAUCCCUGGUUGUAAUCACUCGGUGGCGGAGGCGCUGCUGAUCUUUCUGGAAGCUCUGCCGGAGCCCGUGGUGUGUUAUGAGCUGUACCAGCGGUGCCUGGACAGCACGCACGACAGCCGCCUGUGCAAACAGCUGAUCUCUCAGCUUCCCCGGGCUCACCGCAAUGUGUUCCGCUACCUGAUGGCCUUCCUCCGAGAACUACUGAAGCACUCCAUAGACAAUAACCUCACCGCCAACCUCUUAGCGUCUCUCUUCGCCAGUCUUCUGAUCCGGCCCCCUCCUAACCUGGUGAGCCGGCAGACGUCAGCGGAGCGGCAGAAGGCCAACGACUUCAUCCUGGGCUUCCUCAUGUCAAGUGAAGAUGAGUGAGGGGUCAAAGGUCAAGGGUCAGCAGUGAAGGGUCACGCCCCCCACUCUUGCUCUGCCCUGUGUGGUGUACCAGUUCAAGUGGACUUGAGACCUGGAGCAAAAUAGUUGAGGUGUCUGUGUGUGUGUGUGUGUACGUGUGUGUGUGUAUGUAUGUGUGUGUGUGUAAGCCCCAUGGCUGGAUGCAUCAAGAAGACACUGCUAUAGUUGUAGGAGAGAUUUUUUUUUUGCACACAGAGAUCUCCUUGAGCCCAUCAUCACAGUGUGUGUGUGUGUGAUUGUGUACGUUCCUCCCCUCAACUGCCUUUUUUUGCACAGUGGCUCUGGAGGAGAGGACUGGGAGAGAGGGCCGAGUGCCUCUAAGGUCUUCCUCGACGCCUCCCCCACGGGCCCUCAUUUCCCCCCGCCCCUCCUCCUCUGUGUCCAAUCCACUACCCCCACGUGUACCUUAAACAUGCUGCACAGUGGUGCAGUCCAUGCCAAAAACCAAACAAACUAACUAACAAACAAAAACAUUCAGCAGAACAGUACUCUUCAACACACUAAGUUUGGCCAUUCCGGGCCACCGUCUGCAAGCUAAGCAUUACUGUUGUCAUGUCUGGCCUUCCCCCUGUUUAUGAAGCUCAAUGGACCUUGUGUGGGUGUGGCACCCUAGCAGAUGGUGAGCAGGAGAAUGGUAUUCAGGUUUUACUGAAGAGGAACUCACCAGUGGACUGGAGGCUGACUAUUAUGUUGAGUUCAGCGCCCUCUAGUUCCCGAGGUUCCCCCGGUUCCUGAGCUGGAGUCGUUGGGAACCUCCACUGUGACGACCCAUCCCCUCAAUGCCGUUCAUGUCCUGGACAGAGAGGAGGAUGGAUCCAGGCAGACUUGAGGGGAAGAAGUGUUUUCUCAUGGGAUGACUAUGACAAUCGACUACCUUUCUAGAGGCAGAGGAGACAGACGAAACUGCUAGAGCAGUUAUUUGGGAGUUAACAGUAGGUGGGAGUUAUCCUAGAAGCAUUAAUGGGAGGGUGUAGAUACAUGGUGUAGUGUAAGCGAAUGUUAUUUAUAUGCAUAUAUAUAUAUAUAUAUACAAAAUGUUCCUCUUCUCAUCUGACUUCUCGAUCAUGUCAUGUUCGAAUUUUGUUUUCAUGGUUUGAGAAACCCUUCACCGCUCCUAAGCUUCUGGGCAGGUCAGCGGAACCUGGGCUGACUGGCCCAGCUCACUGGCCGGCUGGGUUGGACUCUGGAGCUGUGCAGCUUUGGUCAAUGGUCCCAUGAGCCCUCAACAGCCCUGACAACAGUCCCCAGACUGCUUUCUUAAACCCCAAGCCUGUGCUCAGAGAUCUCAAACUGUACCUUUUUACCCCAUGUCUUAACUGUUAUAUGUGUGUACCAUAACUGUCUGAUCUCUCUCUCUCUCUCUCUCUCUUUGUGGGUGAUUAUUAAGUGUGCUGUCGUGUCUAAACUGCUAUGGUGGAGUGACCGUGUUCUCUGUUCUUUCCUGUUAAUGUUGUCAUCAUCGCUUAUAUUGUACACACUCACUUCCAGAAAUCCCAAUCUGUGUUUACAGCCUUCCACCAUGACUUUUACUUAUUAAGUGUAUUUGAGAGUGAAUGUGUACGUGUGUAUUAAGUGUGUAUGCUCAUUAUGUAUGGCUGUAUGUAUGGCAUAUGUGGGGGUGUGGCAUAUCUCUUAGUAUGACGUGCUACUAUCUGGCAACUUCAUGGGGCUGAAACCGCAGGAUGUAUUUUUUUUUCCUUUUUUUUUUUUGCAAGUUCAUUUCCUCUUGUAAGCUCUGUGGAAAAAAAAAAGGGUUGUCUGUAGCCUAAGUUUGUUCCACGGAAGUAGUGCGCACUGGUAUUUAUCAUGGAACAGGACCAUUUUGAAAUCUACAAAAAGAAGUUCAAUGGUUAGCUAUCUUUAUCAUCUGAAUGUUUGAAAUGUCAUUGCUGAUGAUCAGUUGGCAAGAAUUUUCCAAGCUGUUACUUCGACUGCCUUUCAUUUUGAAAGGAAAGGGCAGCCUAUAUAACAUUUGGUUGCUAGCUGCAGCAGUUGAUCCAUUAAAAGACCGCGGUCUCGCUCUGUGCCAUUUCAAAGACUGUCCAAUGAUCUUGUUCCUAAGAAAUGUAGUCAGGCGGGCCACUUUUUUUUCUUCUCUGGAUGCCCUUCUGAACACUCUUGCCUUCUUCCUUUCCUUUGUAAACACUUUCUUUUCAAAAUCAUUGCAGCAUUUUCUUGCCUUUUACACAAUUCAUGUCUUUGCUGCUACAUUUCUGGUGGGACUGGUGGAGAACUGGUAGCAUAAUCAUCAUUUCAGCAUUUUACUUGAAUGAUUGAAUAACUGAAUAUUUUCCUUGAAUUCCCUCUGGCAUUAAGCCGGAGGGAUAUUUGGACGAUGACCUCAAAGCCACCGGUUUUCACACCAGACCCUCCCCGAGUGGCUGUCCCCGACCCCCCAGCGGCAGCUUUUGGACCCAGUAGCACCACAUCAGCAGAUUGUAGGUCACCCCAUCAUCAUGUCUUUCAUAAUCUCCUGUUUCCCAGAAAACUAAAUCCGCUCAGUAGACUCACACCUCCUGCCCCCCCACCCCUCCCUGCCUUAAACGCUUGCUCAGCAUUGCCAAACCAACGAUGCUUAGGAAGGAGAGGAAUCCAUUAUGUAUGACAGAAGAGAGUAACCGUGUGGUGGUCUAUGACUUCCCUGCUUUUAGGCUUUUUGGCACAGCUAGGCCACCAUCCCCAUAACCUAGGCUGGUUGAAACUUUUGAACUGAAUGUUUACUCCUGUGACUUAAAUGUUGUCUUCAACCGUUUGUUCUGAGUUUUUUCUUCUUCUAGCGGUCCCUCUCAUAAUUUUGGUACUUAUGCAAACAAAAACUUGCACACAUUUUCAUUUCUCCCUUAUUUUUGGUACUUUUAAUUUAUUUAAUGGAAAUAAAACAUAUUUGAAAACGUAAA